AUGGCGCCCACGGAGACAUUCACCAUUGUCGCUCAGCCCGGUACUGACAUCUGGCGCAAGCCGCCUUCGACGGAUGUAUUCAAUGCUCCCACAGCCCUCCCGCCUUCAACCCCUCAACCCCUCCGCCACACCGGCCCCCUGACCUCCUUCCUCUCCGCCCGCAUCUCCCUCAACUUCACGCCCCUAGAACAAUACGACCAAGGCGGCAUCCUCCUCAGCCUCCGCCGUCGCAGCGACAACAACCCUUCCGCCCCGCCGCCCAAAUGGAUCAAAUCCGGCAUCGAGUUCUACAAUAACUACCCGCGCGUAUCGACCGUCUCCUGCGAUCGCUGGGCCGACUGGUCGGUUGCUGAUCUUGUUCCGGGUUCUUCUUCCGCCGACUCCGUGUCCUCCACGGGGAAGGGUAAGGAAACGGGAUGGACUACUAUCCAGAUUGAGAAGGACAAGGACGGGAACGGGACUGGUGUGUGGGUGUAUCGUAUUGUCCGGGUUGGUGGGUGUGAGGGUGAAGAGACGAAGGUUCCGCUGCGGGAGAUUUGUUGGGUGUUUGGGGAGGAGCAGCUGGAGGAGUGGGAGGUGGAGGUGUCGGCGAUGGCGGCACGGCCGGAAAAGAAUGUGAGUGAGGGCGGGGAGAAGGAGUUGGUGGUUGAGUUUAAGGGGUUGGAAGUUAAGUGGGCUUCUUGA